GCAGUUGCGUAAUUUGUCUUCUUGUCAAACGCGUAAAGCGCUUGACAUCUCUGGCUGGCUGUUGUGUCGUUCUCAUUUGCGGCAUAUUGAAUGACGUGAUCUCCAGUUUAUUUCAGCUGAGGACAUGCGGUUAUGGGCAACGCUUUGUUGAGCAGGAUCCACGGUUAGAAUAAAACACCUCUAAGAACUGAACGAGGCAUUGAGAGAGGACGAUAACAGUGGAUUUAAUGACACUCCAUCAAAGCAUCACAUUCUGAUCAAAAGAAACAUGGAUGGAUGGGUGCCGCCUCAGUUUCACACGUUGUCAGACCAUAAGAAGUUUUGUCAAGACAGUUCCCUCACGAUGGACCAAGGCACGCCAUACAGCAUAAACAUGAAUGUUUUUUUACCGGACGUCACCUACCUACGGACCGGCAUGUGUAGACCCGUGAGGUCCGCGGCGCCUCAGAUAAAGACAGAACCUCUGCAUUCAUCUUUCAACUACUCCAGUUGCCACGGCUCGGUUGCACCCAGCGUUACGCAUCCAGAGUACACAAACCUCUACAGCCCAGCUACGGAAAUGGGUAGCAAUGUUUACGUCAAGCAUGAGACGCCGUCCCACGAAUUCCCAGAUGUUCCACUUUUUCAGCUGUUGAAUUCGGAGCUCGAGCCCAAUGGUGGCCACCCUUGCACAGAUUCCCACAAUGCCACCUGCCCUCCGAUGCCAACAUAUAACGGCAUUCACACACACCCCGGCCAGAUUGCAGAACGGCCGCAUUGUAAUAUGAGCAACAGUGGAUAUUCACUACCUACCCAGUUUGGUCAGUAUCUUCAGAAGAGGGCGGCCUAUCUACCACCCUCCCCUCCAAACUCAGAACCGGGCAGCCCGGACAGGAGGAAAGAACUCAUACAGAACUUAUCUCCACCUCCGUCAUAUGCUGCCAGCAUGGCGUCUAAAAUGGCAGGUCUUACCCCUGGACCAGCACUUUCUGGCCAAACACAAGCAGUACCUGCCCAAUACAACCGCAGAAACAAUCCCGAUCUAGAAAAAAGGAGAAUACAUCACUGUGAUGUACCAGGAUGUAAGAAGGUCUACACCAAGUCUUCACAUUUGAAGGCCCAUUUACGUACUCACACAGGCGAAAAGCCAUACAAGUGCUCAUGGGAGGGGUGCGACUGGCGAUUCGCCCGCUCUGACGAGCUAACGCGCCACUUCAGGAAGCACACAGGGGCCAAACCUUUCCAGUGCGCCGUAUGUAGCCGUUGCUUCUCCCGAUCGGACCACCUGGCCCUCCACAUGAAAAGACACCAGAACUAGAACCGCCGGCUCUCGUUGUUCUGACGGUGCUGCAGGAGGGCUAUCAGGACCUCUGUUGAUGAUACUAAUUAGGAUUUGGGUGUGUUGGUUAAUCUUGGGUUUUGGCAGUUCAUCAGGUACAAUGGGACCAAACCCUGCUGUCAGUGCGGCUCCUGUGGUCAUAAAACCAGCUAAUUGAUGAGAACUUGUCUCAUUUGCCAGAUGGGACAUUCUUUUGACAUGUUUGUUUGUCUGUUUGUUUAUUUGUUUGUCUGCAUACAUUGAGGUCAUCAUUUAUGACAUGAACUACUUUUAAUGUGCCUUUUUUACCUUGUAGAAUGGAGGCGCCAUGUAAAAUGUACAACGUUCAAGAACUUGUGGGCAGUUUUAAUCUUCUCUAAAGUAAUAUUCCAGAUUGAAUACAAGUUAAGAUUAAUUGACUUCAUUUGUGGCAUAAUGUUGAUCAUGUUAAACACACAAAUAAGUUUGAUUUUGUGGCUAUACUGUUGAAACAUUGAGAACUUUGACGUUUACAAGAUUGGCCCCAUUGACUUCUAUUGUAAAUCAUUGUAAAAAAAAAAAAAAAAAACUUAUGGUAAUCAACAUUAUGCCACAGGUUUAUUAGAGAUUAACUUUUAUUGAACCCAGAAUAUUCCUGUAAAUGGCUACUCAUACUUGUAUCACAAGGUAAGUCAUAAAAUGCACUGUGGUCUUGGUUGUAGAACCAAACUGCAGAACAGUCAUGAGAAUGUGAUCCACAAACACUGAGUCACAAUGAAUUAAUGUCUUUUAAAAGCAGCACUUGAUAAGAAACAGAGCUUCAGAAAUUUGUGCAGGAGCCGCCGUGUAAUUAGAAAAUUAAAUGUAGCUUCAGAACACCAAAGAGUUGGAUGAAGUCCAAACUAUGAUAUGUUUUGAAGAGGAUUCUGACGAAGAUUUGCUUUAUGUAGGGGAAAUGUUUGAAAGAGCACAAUCUAAAGAUUGAUUGAACUACUUUAUGUUAAUUCCUGUGUUUUACUGAAACGCAAUAAGUGGUACAAAUGCUGUAUUUUUCCUGGCAAGAGGACAGGUCGGAUAUCGAUUUCUUCCAUAGUUGUUUAUUUUCCUUACUAUGCAUUUGUUUGGGAUAAAUGAUAGCUUUAAAUGUACAUAUAAUGUGUAUUUAUUUUGCCAAGAUUAUUUUUUUUUCUUCUAUUUUAUAAAAUGUAACAACGCUUACAUGAAAUGAGCACCGGGCUACUGGGAAGUGGUUUUAGAAAUCUUUGUUCAAACUAAUAGCGCUCUAAACGGCCGCAUUAUGUGGAACAAUGUGGCAGCUGAUUGUUUACAUUAGUUGGUUUGGCUUAUGGUGUGUGUUACAUCUGUUUGUGUGGCCCCAUAAAACCUCUUAUUUUCCAUUACAGUGAUAAAAAUGUUUUCCGCCUUAUUUUUCAGAGAUUGCAAAUGCGCAACAGAAGGGACUCGUUACACAUGACAAUCUGAUGAUGUUCCUGAGAUAGAAGUAAAAUAGAUUGGGGACAUAUGGAGUUUGUUUUUAUCUGAGGUAAUGUAAUACGAGGAUCCACAAUGUUUAUAGGUUUUAGAGAAAGAGAGAGAGCAAGAACAUGUAUUCUACAUUUGUAACUAGAAGUUCUUCAUUUGGUGACCAAAACUGAAAGAGAAUAAAUCUAAUUGCUGUAAUUAAAGGUUCAAACUGCUUAAGUGUAAAAUGUUAAAUACCCAUUAAUAGCUCUAAUUUGCAGCACUUAGAUGAGUACAGUUAAUGUUGAAUGCAUACAUCAUUACUGUUAUUACACAUAAUAUGGAGGCAGGUCUUUAAAGUCUUAGUCUGUCAGGUUAAACUGGAGUGUCCAGUCAUCCUGGCUCACAUGUGAUUAGGUGAAUAAAUUGAGGUGUGGUUACAGUUGCUAAUACGAGCUGUCAGAUAUGAAAACACAAGAGUUAAAAGUUGAUGGUAUUGAGUGGUAACACCCAAUUAAAUUGAUACUGUAAUUAUCUCGCCUGUAUACAAAUCACUGAGUAACAGUAGAAAGGCCUCAGUCAUGAAAAUAACCUGACAUUUUCACAAUGCAUUCUUUUCAUCACUAGGGUGUAUAUUAUUUUCUGAAUGGGUUCUUACAAAAGCGACCAUUUAUGAACAUGAACAAUUCACUUUUUAAAUAUGAGUUUAGAACUUUAUUCUGAUGUAAUUGUCCAGAAAUAAUUCACGGUUAGGCCCACACAGGAACAAAUACACCAAAUACGGCAAGUGAACAGACUGUAUGUUGUUGUAUUGUUAAAGAAACCUCUCCAGGAUUAUACGUGGAGUUAUCACAGAACUUCAGAUGUAUGUAUGCUAACAAAAACUAAGAUGGAAUGGUGGAGGAUUUUUUAGUAUUUAUCAAGUAAAGGUACAAUUUUGAAAUAAAAUACAAGUCAGUUAUCACUUUUGAUGAUGUA